AUGGAUCAUUUAAUUGGAACUAUAGUAAAUGAAUAUCAAUUCAUAAAAUUAAUAGGAACUGGAUCUAUGGCAGCGUAAAAAUCUAAAUUAAAUUAAAAGUGUCUAUCUAAUAUAGGAUAUGACUUCAUAAAUUUAUUAUGUGGCUAAAGUUUAUACUUGUAUUGGUAGUGAUAUUAGAUGUCAUAAUGAAGCUAUAAUCCUAGAAAAAUUGAGUCAUCCUAACAUUAUAAUUAUAAGAAGAAAUCAGCAAUAAUUAAAAGUGAAGGUUUAUUUAGUUUUUUAUUUUUAGGGAGAUAAAGGAUAAAUGGAUUGUUUAAUUUUAGAAUAUUUGGAAAAAGGCGAUUUAUUUGAAUUUAUAGAUAAAAGUGGAUAAUUUGAAUAAAAUCUUUGUCGUUUUUACUUUAAGUAAUUAGUUUAGGUAGUUGAUUUUGUACAUGGAAAAGGAUUAGUUCAUAGGAAUUUAAAAUUAGAAUCAGUAUUAUUAGAUAGAAAAUUUAAUCUAAAAUUAUGCAAUUUCUCUUGUGCGUAAUAUUCCAAUAAAUAUAAGGAUGGUAAAUUGAAAACUAAAGUUGGAACUGAGAGUAUAAUUAAUUAUUGAAUUUGAAGAUUAUUAAGCACCAGAAGUUUUGUAUGGUGCUGUAUAUAAUGGAAUAAAAGCAGAUGUAUUUUCUUUGGGAGUGAUAUUGUUUAUUAUGUAUAAGGGUUAACCACCAUUUAUUAAAGCUAAUUAAUAAGAUGCAUUAUUCAAUUUAAUUAUUUAAGAGAAUUAUAAAUAAUUUUGGGAAAUUCAUUCAUAGAAAAAUAUUGAAUUUCCAUUUGAUUUUAAGUAUUUAAUAAUUUAUAAAAAGGGAACUUUUUUUGGGAAUGAUAAAUCCAAAUCCAGAGAAGAGAUUUAAUAUGGAAGAAAUAAAGAAUUCUAAAUUUUAUGGAGGGGUUACUUUGAAUAUUUAAGAUGUUUAUGAAGAGAUGUUAAAGAGAGAGAAAUUUAUACUUAAAGUGUGA